AUGUCGUCGCCGGCGCCGCCUCUGCUCCCCAUCGCACCGCUGCACGGAGAGAGCGGCUACCUCCGCUGGAGGGAGUCGGUGCUGCUCCGCCUCCACACGCUCGACGUGGCGCACGUGCUGACCGAGGAGCGCCCCGACGACGAGAGGUCGGCCGCCGGCAAGCAGUGGGCGCGUGCGGACGCGAUGUGCCGCGGCCACAUCCUGGCCACGCUCUCGGACCGCCUCCUCCAGGUCUACGCGCCCCACGCCACCGCGGCGGCCGUGUGGCGCGCCGUGGCGCGCACCUACGACCUGGACAUAGCGGUGGAUGAUCCGACAUACAGCUUGCCCUAUGAGAAGGCCGUCAAGUUCCGGUACGCGGAGGGCGAGCCCGUGACGGAGCAGCUCGCGCUCCUCGAGGGCUUGGCCACCAACGCAGAACUAAAUGACACUUGCCUGUGUCUCAUCGUGAAGGAUCAGUUCCCGACGUUGAGAAUGGCGGUCAUCAAGCGCAAAUACCGUGUGGGCGUGGACAAGCUCUGGGAGAUCGCCCGGCGGAAGGAACUGGCUGCCAGGGUAGAGUAUGUUCGCAAUGGCAGGUACGCUCCGCCGACGACAUACGCGCAAGACAGCUCCUCCUCCUCAGAUGAUGAUGAGCGGUGCCCGAUACGGCGACGGAGGACGUGA